CCCAGGCCCAGACCCUACCAGGCAGACGCGGCGGAUGACGGUAUCGAGUCGCGCCCCGAGAAGGUCACACGGGAUCCUCCAGCAUGGCGGCGGCGGCGCUGCGGGCAGGCUGGUGCCGCUGCCCGCGGAGAUGUGUUGGCAGUGGAGUCCAUCUCCUGUCCAGCCACAAUCUAGUGCCACUGCCCCAUGGUACCUACCAGCUGCCCUGGCCUAGUGGAGAGCUGACCCUGUCCAAAUCCUAUUCUUCUGGAAGCAGAAAAGGCUUUCUCUCCGGCUUGCUCGAUAACAUCAAACAGGAAUUAGCCAAAAACAAAGAAAUGAAAGAAAGUAUAAAAAAGUUCCGAGACGAGGCCAAGAAGCUGGAAGAGUCAGAUGCGCUCCAGGAAGCCAGGAGGAAAUACAGAACCAUUGAAUCGGAAACCCUGCGGACAAGUGAGGUGAUCAGGAAGAAGCUGGGGGAGAUCACGGGCACCGUCAAGGAGAGUCUUGACGAAGUCAGUAAAAGUGACCUUGGCCGGAAAAUCAAGGAAGGUGUGGAAGAAGCAGCCAAGACCGCCAAGCAGUCUGCCGAGUCAGUGUCCAAAGGCGGGGAGAAGCUUGGCCGGACCGCUGCCUUCAAAGCCCUCUCCCAGGGCGUGGAGUCUGUCAAGAAGGAGAUCGACGAGAGCGUCCUAGGACAGACCGGGCCCUAUCGGCGGCCUGAGCGGCUCCGGAAAAGGAAGGAGUUCGCCGGAGAGAAAUUCAAGGAAGAGAAAGUGUUUGAGGCCAAUGAAGAGGCGCUGGGGGUCGUGCUGCACAAGGAUUCCAAGUGGUACCAGCAGUGGAAGGACUUCAGGGACAACAAUGUGGUGUUCAAUCGGUUCUUCGAGAUGAAGAUGAAGUAUGAUGAGAGCGACAACGCCUUCAUCCGGGCGUCCCGUGUGCUGACAGACAAGGUCACGGACUUGCUGGGGGGCCUGUUCUCGAAGACCGAGAUGUCAGAGGUGCUCACAGAGAUCCUGCGUGUGGACCCCGCCUUUGACAAGGACCGCUUCCUGCAGCAGUGCGAGAAUGACAUCAUCCCCAACGUCCUGGAGGCCAUGAUUUCUGGGGAACUCGACAUUCUCAAAGACUGGUGCUAUGAAGCUACCUACAGCCAGCUGGCCCACCCGAUCCAGCAGGCCAAGGCUCUGGGCCUCCAGUUCCACUCCCGCAUCCUGGACAUUGACAACAUUGAUCUGGCCAUGGGCAAGAUGAUGGAGCAGGGGCCAGUGCUGAUCAUCACCUUCCAGGCCCAGAUGGUGAUGGUGAUCAAGAACCCCAAAGGGGAGGUGGUCGAGGGCGACCCGGACAAGGUACUGCGAAUGCUGUAUGUGUGGGCGCUCUGCCGAGACCAGGAUGAGCUGAACCCCUAUGCGGCCUGGAGACUCCUGGACAUCUCGGCCUCCAGCACAGAGCAGGUCCUCUGAGCAUGGCGGCUAUGCCCGGGCCCUCCAGGGCUGACCCUCACUGUGGACACACAGGGAACUGGCAUCCACUUACAGCAGCCAGACCUCUGGGGACAGGACUGUCAACUCUGCGCCUGCUCUGCCAGGCCAGCUGCAACACCGGCCGGAUGGGGAGAGGAGGGUGGGGGCUGCAUUGGCCCCUGGCCCCCUGGCGGGCUGCUGGCCUGCGGACCUCAGACCAGGCACUCCCAGGACUGAGCAGUGGGGCCUGGGCCCACCGGCCACAUCAGCCAGGCCAUUUUAGCUCCUUUUUUAAAAAAAAAAAACAACAGUGCCCUUGUUAUCCUGUAUAUAAGCAGAGAUUUGGAAAUAAUAAAUCACCAAAGUGCAAGAGAAC